AAGUACAGGGAUCAGUUUCUAAUUUUCCAAGACAUAAGGGAACUUUCUGUAAUUUUCACUUACAGCGUUGCAGAAGAACAGACAGCCUCGUGGCUUUGUACUGUUUUGUCUGCAACAGCGGGAGCGAAUAUCCGUCCGCCAUUGGCGAGCCAUCGUAGUAUAGUACAUUAAGCUUGUGUAGUCGUCCAUUUGGGAGAUUGUAAUGGAUUCGUCAUCAGCAGUUCUCUUCAACAAGCUCAAGGCUGCGCAACCUCUCUUCUUGAUGGCCGGUCCCAAUGUGAUCGAGUCCGAGGAGCAUAUUCUUCGUAUGGCCGGGCAGAUUAAGGCUGUCGCUUUGAAAGUUGGUUUACCAAUUGUAUUCAAGUCAAGCUUUGACAAAGCUAACCGCACGUCAUCUAAAUCAUUUCGGGGACCUGGCAUGGCCGAGGGUCUGAAGAUCCUUGAGAAGGUUAAGGUAGCUUAUGACAUUCCCAUAAUAACUGACGUGCAUGAAACUAUCCAGUGCGAAGCGGUUGGCAAAGUUGCAGAUAUUAUCCAAAUCCCGGCAUUUUUGUGCCGUCAGACAGAUCUCCUGGUGGCAGCAGCGAAGACUGGAAAAAUCAUCAACAUUAAGAAAGGGCAGUUUUGUGCUUCUACUGUUAUGGUGAACUCUGCUGAGAAAAUAAGACUGGCUGGGAAUCCAAAUGUAAUGGUUUGUGAGAGAGGCACCAUGUUUGGCUAUAAUGAUUUGGUUGUUGAUCCACGGAAUCUUGAAUGGAUGAGAGAAGCUAAUUGUCCAGUUGUAGCUGAUGUUACGCAUUCUCUCCAACAGCCUGCUGGGAAAAAGUUGGAAGGCGGAGGUGUUGCUAGUGGGGGCCUUCGUGAACUGAUACCAUGCAUUGCCAGAACAGCAGUUGCUGUUGGAGUUGAUGGAAUAUUUAUGGAGGUGCAUGACGAUCCUUUAAAUGCACCUGUUGACGGUCCGACCCAAUGGCCUUUGCGCCAUCUGGAGGAACUGCUUGAAGAACUUGUUGCAAUAGCUAGGGUGAGCAAGGGGAGGCAGAAGUUCAAAAUUGAUCUGACACCGUAUCGCAUAUGAGGUGUGAUCAGUUGGGGAUCCUGGCCAGGCUUUCAUGGAACUCUUGGACGUAGGAGGAAUUUUUCCUUCAUUGUUCUUUGGCAGUUACUUCUAUCAUCUCUCCUUUUGAGUGUGGAAUAAGUUGUGGCGGGCAUUUCACUAGAAGCAGUUUCAUCGAUGUCCGAUUUCAAGACGGCACCAGAUUGGCCAGACUCGUGAAUCAAGUCACUGUAGAAUCAGAACUUCAUGCUUUUAUAGGUUUGUUUUAGACAUCAAAGACGGUUAAAAGUGCGUGUGUUAAUGGGUCAAGAUGCUCACCUUGUAGAUUAUUAUAUCUGAUCUUGUCAGUUUAAUCUUAUGUUGGGCAGUCUAAUUAUAUUCCGGAAUUCGCAAUCCAGAGUCCCUAUUUAGGUAAUCGAUGUUCAAUCAGUUCGAGAGAAAAACAAGGGGCAAGUGUAGGUCUAUCUAAAAUUUAAAUACAUGAAUGAUGAUCGUUAAUGUUUGUAAA